UGGAGGCGGAGAAGCAGGGCUGAAGGUUUGCAGCAGGGCUGAAGGAAGGUUUGCAGCAGCGCUGGGGGUGACAGCAGGCAGCCGAGCGCUCUGCAGCUUCGCCUGUCCCACCCCAGGUCCGGCACGGGCCCGACAAUGGAGUACUGCCGCUGGACAGCCGCUGGCACCCUGCUUCUAGCCUCCCUUAUCCUGAGCUCCAGAACAGCUCGCUCAGAGGAAGAUCGAGACUCGCUGUGGGAUGCCUGGGGUUCAUGGAGUGAAUGUUCACGCACUUGUGGAGGAGGGGCUUCAUAUUCACUGAGACGUUGUCUGAGCAGCAAGACCUGUGAAGGACGAAACAUCCGGUACAGGACAUGCAGCAAUGUGGAUUGUCCACCAGAAGCAGGUGAUUUCCGUGCCCAACAGUGCUCUGCUCACAACGAUGUCAAGUAUCAGGGACAGUUUUAUGAGUGGCUUCCUGUCUCUAAUGACCCUGACAACCCAUGCUCGCUGAAGUGCCAGGCCAGAGGAAUGGCUCUGGUCGUGGAGCUGGCACCAAAGGUUCUGGAUGGGACCCGGUGCUACACUGAAUCCCUGGACAUGUGCAUCAGUGGCUUGUGCCAAAUCGUUGGCUGUGACCGCCAGCUGGGAAGCACUGUCAAGGAAGAUAACUGUGGGGUCUGCAAUGGAGAUGGGUCCACCUGCCGGCUGGUUCGAGGCCAGUUUAAGUCCCAGCUCGCAGCAAAUAAACUAGAUGAUACAGUGGUUGCUAUUCCCUAUGGAAGCAGGCAAGUUCGCCUUGUGCUGAAAGGACCCGAUCAUUUAUAUUUGGAAACCAAGACUCUCCAAGGUUUGAAGAGUGAAAACAGCCUCAGCACCACGGGCUCCUUCCUUGUAGAAAAUUCUAGCAUUGACUUCCAGAAGUUUCCUGACAAGGAGAUCUUAAGAAUAUCUGGGCCUCUCACUGCAGACUUCACUAUCAAGAUUCGUUAUGCUGGUGCUGCUGACAGUUCAGUUCAAUUCAUCUUCUAUCAGCCUAUCAUUCACCGAUGGAGGGAAACUGACUUCUUUCCUUGUUCGGCAUCCUGUGGAGGAGGUUAUCAACUGACGUCUGCUGAGUGUUUUGAUCUGAGAAGCAACCGGGUAGUAGCAGAUCAAUACUGUCACUAUUAUCCUGAAAAUACCAAGCCAAAGCCAAAACUUCAAGAGUGUAAUCUGGAUCCUUGUCCUGCAAGUGAUGGAUACAAGCAGAUCAUGCCCUAUGACCUCUACCAUCCCCUUCCUCGAUGGGAAAGUACACCCUGGACUGCCUGUUCCUCAUCCUGUGGAGGGGGCAUUCAAAGCCGAAGCAUCUCAUGUGUGGAAGAAGACAUUCAGGGGCAUAUCAGCCCUGUGGAAGAAUGGAAAUGCAUGUAUACUCCAAAGAUGCCUGUUGUCCAGCCUUGCAAUAUAUUUGACUGCCCAAAGUGGCUUGCUCAGGAAUGGUCUCCGUGCACUGUGACCUGCGGACAAGGACUCAGAUACCGCGUUGUCCUUUGCCUUGAUCACAGAGGAAUGCAUACAGGAGGCUGUAGUCCUAAAACAAAGCCACACAUAAAGGAGGAAUGCAUUGUAUCCACUCCUUGCUACAAACCCAGAGAGAAACUUCCUGUGGAAGCAAAGUUGCCAUGGUAUAAGCAGGCUCAAGAGCUGGAGGAAGGAACAGCUGUAUCUGAAGAGCCAUCGUUUGUUCCUGAGGCUUGGUCCACCUGUAGUGUCACCUGUGGAGUAGGGAUCCAGGUGCGGCUUGUGAAAUGUCAAGUGCUCCUCUCUUUCUCACAAUCUGUGGCUGACUUGCCCAUUGAUGAAUGUGAAGGUCCCAAACCUGUGUCUCAGAGAGCCUGUUACAGUGGUCCCUGCAGUGGGGAGGCAACCGAAUACACCCCAGAGGAGACUGAUUUCCUGUAUGGCAGCUUGCAGGAGUUUGAUGAGCUCUAUGACUGGGAAUAUGAAGGCUUUACGGAGUGUUCAGAGUCCUGUGGAGGAGGUGUCCAGGAGGCUGUGGUGACCUGUCUGAACAAACAAACCAGGGAGACUGCGGAUGAGACACUGUGUGUAACCAGCCGCCGUCCUCCACAGCUGCUGAAAGCCUGUAGUGUGGACCCCUGUCCCCCAAGAUGGGAGAUUGGGAAAUGGAGCACCUGCAGUCUUACCUGUGGGGUUGGUUUACAGACACGAGAUGUCUUCUGUUCUCAUCUACUAUCAAGAGAGACUAAUGAGACUGUGAUUUUGGCAGAUGAAUUGUGCUCUAAACCAAAGCCAUCCCUUGUGCAAGCCUGUAAUCGCUUUGACUGCCCACCCUCCUGGUAUCCUACAGAAUGGCAAGAGUGUUCGCAGACAUGUGGCAGUGGUGUCCAGAAGCGAGAUACACUUUGUAAGCAGCGCCUGGCAGAUGGGAGCUUAUUAGAGCUGCCAGAGACCUUCUGCUCCAUGCCAAGGACAGUUACCCAACAAGCCUGCAAAAAUGAGGAUUGUCCCAAUGAGUGGCUGCUCUCUGACUGGACACAGUGUUCAGUGAGCUGUGGAGAAGGCACACAAAGUCGAAAUGCCAUUUGCAGAAAGAUGCUGAAACCCGGGGAAUUUGUUAUCAUCAAUUCCUCACUCUGCCUGCCUUUGCCAUUCUCAUCCUUGAUCAGGCCCUGUGCACUAGGCCCCUGUGCAAGGCACAACAGGCCAGCUCAUAAUCAAAGCCCCCAUAUUAUGGCUGUAAAGAAAGUUUACAUUCAGACAAGAAAGCAGAAGAAACUGCACUUUAUUGUAGGUGGGUAUGCCUACCUACUGCCCAAAACUUCUGUUGUUCUCCGAUGCCCUACAAGGAGAUUCAGAAAAUCAAUGAUCACUUGGGAGAAGGAUGACAAGAGGCUCAUCAGCUCAGCUCAUGUCACCAUUGCGCCCUAUGGGUACAUGAAAAUCCAUCGCUUGAAGCCUUCAGAUGCUGGGACAUACACUUGCACAGCAGGGCCAGCCCGGGAGAAUUUCAUAAUUAAACUAAUUGGAAGCAACAAGAAGAUAAUUGCUGGCCAACCAACUGGUAUAAGGGAGGAAGAGGCCAUGAGAAAGGCCAGUUUAAAUGAAGCCUUGAGAACAGAGGAGAAACAUCUCAAUGGGAUUUUCUUCAAUAGUAGCAACUCUGAAAAGCAAGGGCACCUUGCUAACCGCAGCAGAUUGUAUGACAGUAUUGUCUCAAGGCUGCUACAGCACAGGGGCUGGCCAGGGGAAAAUCUGGAGGCCUGGGAAGCCCAGGAGUCCAUGGAGAGAAAUGCAUCCUCAGAAGAGGACCAGAGCCGGGAGCAUAGCCUGCCAUUUACUAUGAUUACAGAGCAGAAAUGCUUGGAUGAUAUCAUAAGGAAUUUGUCUCAACAGCCAGAGGAGCUUAAAGAUAGGUACACUGAGCAGCUUGUUGUGCAGCUGGCUCACAAGAUUUUCAAGAGCCACUUGGAGCACCAGGAAUUUGUCCUUAAAGCAUCAAGGCGAAAAGUUGAUUCGGCCUCAGUGGAGUACCCUUUCCACAGACACGUUUCUGGAUUUACCAGCUCCCUGAGGACAUCAUCUGCUGAAGUGUUUCUUCCCGCUUCUGUAGGCCUGGCUAAUGGCUUGCGCAGACCUCAUCAAAAGCCUGCCAUUCUGCGGAAGAUUUCAGCAGCACAACAGCUUUCUGCUUCAGAGGUUGUUACCCACCUGGGACAGACGGUGGUUCUAGCAAGUGGCACACUCAGCGUGCUGCUUCACUGCGAAGCGGUGGGAAAUCCAAAGCCCACCAUCAGCUGGGCUAAGAACGGAGAGGAGGUGAAAUACAGUGAUAGAAUACUCCUUCAGCCUGAUGACUCCUUGCAGAUUCUAGCACCCGUGGAAGCUGAUGUGGGUUUCUAUGCUUGCAAUGCAUCCAAUGCCUUGGGAUCUGACUCUGUCUCCAUUGCUGUUACUCUAGCAGGAAAGCCACUGAUAAAGACAUCAAGAGCUACUGUGAUCAACACUGAAUUACCUGCUGUCACUGUUGAUAUUGGAAGCAUGGUGAAAACAAUCCAGAAAGCAAAUGUUACCAUUAACUGCCAGGUUGCAGGUGUUCCUGAAGCAAAAGUUACUUGGUUUAAGAACAAGGUCAAGCUGUUCUCUGCUCAUCACCUUCAUGAUGGGUUGCUGAUAAUUGCAAAUGUUUCUCUGUCAGACCAGGGGUUGUACUCCUGCAAGGCAGCCAAUCUUCAUGGGGAGGUAACUGAAAGCUCCCAGCUGUUGGUUCUUGAGCCUCCACAACCUAUUCCUUACCUAGAAGACUUGGCAGCAGUGUUUUCCAGUGCUGGGCCCAGCACUCAUUCGGUGCUGACCUCUCCUUCAGGAACAAAACUGACUGUCAGUCCUGGGAGCUCUGCUCUCAUAGGUUGUGCUGUUGAUGGUCAUCCAACCCCAAACAUCACCUGGCUUUACUCUGGUGAGCCUCUCAGUCUGCGACAUCAUCUCCUGGCAUCAGGCCGGAUUCUUCAGAUACUCAAUGUCAGUGAUUUCACUGAUGGUGAAUUCAGCUGCCUUGCUCAAAAUGAGGCUGGCUCGCUCACACAAAAAAUGUCCCUGGUUAUACAAGAAUACCGGUGGUCAGUGGACAGACUGACAGCUUGUUCGGCUUCCUGUGGACACAAAGGGGUGCAGCUGCCCCAGUUGAGGUGCUUGCUGGAUGGGGCUGAAGUCAACACAUCCUACUGCAGAGAGACACCCAAGCCACCUCUGCAGCCCAUUGCAUGCAACAGAAGAGACUGCCCUUCACGAUGGAUGGUAACAUCAUGGUCUCUUUGCACGCGGACCUGCGGUGGAGGCAUCCAGAUGCGGCGAGUGACCUGUCAGCGCCUGACAGCAAAAGGCAGCUCUGUUCCAAUGUCAAAUGAGGCUUGUGCCCAGGUGUCCAAGCGCCCUGUGGACACACAGAACUGUAACAGGCAGCCCUGUGUUGAGUGGGUGGCCUCCUCCUGGAGCCAGUGUAAUGGGCCUUGCAUUGGACCACGACUGGCUGUACAGCACAGACAGAUAUUUUGCCAGACCAAAGAUGGGACUUCUGUAUCAUCUGAUCAAUGCAGUGCCUUACCAAGGCCAUUGAGCACGCAGAACUGCUGGACUGACAUCUGUGGUGUGCACUGGAGGGUCAGCCUGUGGACUGUCUGCACAGCUACGUGUGGAAACUACGGCUUCCAGUCCCGGCGCAUCGACUGCGUGCACAUCCGCACCAACAAGCCUGUGAUGGAGCAUCACUGCUCCUGGAGGCCGAGACCAUCGAACUGGCAGCGCUGCAACGUCACACCCUGUGAAAAUGUGGAAUGCAGAGACACUACAAGGUACUGUGAGAAAGUGAAGCAGCUGAAACUCUGCCAGCUCACCCAGUUUAAGUCACGUUGCUGUGGGACUUGUGGAAAAUCUUGAAGACAGACAAAAUGAAAAUGGAGGAACAAGGGGAUCACAGCUUUGCUUCACUGAGGCAAGGGCUUUUGCAGAAAAAACAAAUGGAAUGGAAAUAUCUUUUUCAUUUUAUUUAUUUAUUUCCCUUUAAAAGAAAAGAAAAAAAAGAACAUCGUUUACCAAAUCAUUGUUGUAAAGGGUCUUGAAAAGUUUUCCCUUUUAUGAAUCUGGGAGACAGAAUGCAGCAAAACAUGGUCAUGAGGGUAGACCAUAAAGAUUCAGAGAGACCAAUGCCACCAGAAAUGGGCAUGAGAAGAGUGGGGCUUCCCCAUUAUCCAUGUACAUGCCUAGGAGACACACCAAGAGACAGGUAAGGAAGAGGACUAGAGUAAAGACCUAGCAUCACAUUACAGAAUCACAGAAUCAUGAAGGCUGGUAGAAACUUUCAGGAUCACUUGGUCCAGCCAUCAACUCAGCACCACUAUAAUCAUCCCUAAACUAUAUCCCAAAGUGCCACAUCUAGAUGCCCCUUGAACACUUUGAUGGUGACUCCACGACCUCCCUAGGUGACUUAAUCUGAUGCUUAGCUACUCUUUCAGUGAUUUUUUUUUUUCCUAAUAUCUAAUCAGAACCUCCCCUGGCACAAUUUGAGGGCAUUUCCUUUCGUCUUUUCAUUUGAAAUGAGACAGAAGAGACCAAUCUCCACUGCAGCAGAACCUUCUUUCAGGUAGUUGUGGAGAGCAAUGACAUACUCCUUGAGCCUGCUCUUCUCCCAGCUGAGCAACCCCAGCUCCCUCCGCUGCUCCUUCUAGGAUGUGUUUUCUAGACCUUUUACUGGUUUUGUAGCCCUUUUUUGGACAUGCUCCAGCACUUAGGCAUCUUCCCUGUAGUGAGGGGCCCGAAACUGAACACAGGAUAUGAGGUGCAGCCUCACCAGCAGCAAGUACAGCGGUACAAUCACUUCCCUGGUCCUGCUGGCCGCAUUAUUCUUGAUAUAGGCCAAGAUGUCAUUGGCCUUCUUGGCCACUUGGGCAUUGCUGACUCAUGUUCAUGCUGCUGACCAGCCCUCCUAAAGUCCCUUUCUGCUGAACGUCUCUCCAGCCACUCUUCCCCAAGCCUGUAGCAUUGUUACAUGGGGUUGUUGUGGCUCAAGGGCAGGACCCAGCACUUUGCUUUGUUGAACCUUAUGCAGUUGUCCUCAGCCCACCAAUCCAGUCUGUCAAGGCCCCUCUGCAGAGUCUUCCUUCCCUCCAGCAAGACCAAGACUCCCACCUAACUUGAUGUCAUCUGCAAACUGACUGAGGAUGCACUCAAUCCCCUCAGUUUGACUUGUCAUAGUGUACUGGAGAAAAAAAAAAGGCUAAACUAAACUGUGCAUUAUACGGAUACUUCAGCUGUCUUAGACUACCUUGAGAACACAAACAUAUGAUUCUGCUUUAUAAACUUAUUUGUUGCAUCCAAGAUUGUAACUCUUUUUAAUUUCUAAACCACUCUCUCCUUCUCACAUCAGGCCUGGAAAUUAUUUCAGUGGAACAUCCUUGUGAUCUUUGAGGAUCUGGUAUCUGGGGAAGUUGAACAAUGAUCUAUAAGUGGAUCCAAAAGACACCUGAAAAUGUUCCAAAUUUGAGCUUGUGAGGGAGAAGUGGGGAUUGAAGGGUUGCCCUCAGCACAGAGGUGAGGUGAUGAUGUUAAUUAUUAUCCAGGCAAAGGAGAGAAAGUAUGAUCUGUUUGACAGAGUGUGGUACAAACCUGCAAAUGCUGUUCCCUAAUCAGCACAGGCAGGAAAGAUAGAAACUCUCUGUGGUAAUAGGAGAUACUUUGCAUAGUGCAUCCUACUAACACUUAAUUAGAAAAGAGAGGAGUACCAUUUCCUGGAGUGCAGGUGCUUUCAGGCCUGGAGUUUUGGAAAGAAACUUGAAAAAGUGGGUUUUCCUAAUACUAAAUAAUGCUAAAUGUUAAUAAUGCUAAAAUUUCCCUCUCCUGACAGCCAAGCCUUUUGGACAUGUAGUAGAAAAGAGCUUGAUUCUGAUUUCUCAUGGUUGUUCCCAGUCAGUAGAAACAGAAUGGAUUUAGCAUCAGCCCCAGGGGACUAAUGCAAAUAAUUUUUAACAAACUUGCUCCUCUCCAACUGCCUCUCACAACAAAACAGGUGUUCUAAAGCUACAGAUAUUUAAGUCCAUGUAUAACACCCUGAAGAUACAAUCUAAAAAGUGGAACUCAAACAUCACACCCACAGCACAAUUUUGCAUGCAGGUUGUGAGUGUUUCCUCCUGGCCAGCUGCAGUGGUUAUUCAGCCAGUGAAGUGCUCCACGCUUUAAGUUCUGUGCAUUCUCUGCUCUACUUAGAAUACGGCCCUAAAAUUGGAGGAAAACCUGCAAAGUAGGGGGUUGAGAAUUGUGGAGCUUUAAAGAACUACCUGGAUAUCAGGUUUUGGUUCAAGACCUCUAAAUUAAAGAGAAUGGUUGUGCCUCUUCUGUAACCCCUGGCAGUGCUAGUGUGUUGUGGUAUGCUAAUGAAACGCUGUUCAAGUUCUGCUAUGCUGCAACUUCCAUGACAUGUGGAUUUUUCAGCAAAACUAGGAGUCUAUUUCUGAGGUCAGUGCCAGGUUCAUGACAUUAAGCUGUCUCAAACUGACUUAUUUCGAAACACAACUGGCAAUGAAUGCUCUUAGUACAAAUGAGUUUUCAAGAAAUAAUGUUGCUAAGCACCAGUGUAACUUUUUAUUUAAAAAAGAAUAAUUCUUUUCUGUGUAUGUAAAUGUGUAUCUUUUCUGUAUAUUUAUUAGAAUUUCUUGUAUAAAAAGUGCAAUAUUAAUAAUUGUAAAGAUAAAACUAUUUUGGCUUUUUUUUUUUAAAUCUCCCCAGAAUUCUGUUCCUCUAAAAUCCACAGUAAUAGUGUAUUUCUCUUCAUUUUAAUAGCGCUUGCAUUUAAUUGGGGAUCUGCUUCACUGUGCACAGAGUGCUUUAUAAACUAUGACACGAGGAAGGAACUAUGUUUUUAACUUGUGAAAUAGUAGUUACGCAUGGAAUGAAGGACAAUUCCUUAAUAAUAAUAACAAUGAUGAUGAUGACGAUGUGAUGGAAAUUUCUGGUACAUUAGUUAACAAAAAGCAAAGUAUUUGGGAAAGUAUUUUCUUUUGUUUAAAAGCAAAACAUGUUAAGGUGAUCACAUGUUCCAUAGUAUCUGUGCAACUGUGCACAGGAUAAACAUGAAGGAUCUGAUCUGGAGAGGCCACUGUGUUGAUUUAAUUUCACAUGUCUGUCUUCUGAAUUGUGACUUGGCAGCAUCUCAGUAAGAUAAAGAUUGCCGGUUAUUUUAGGAAUCUCUAAAGAGAAAACAGAACAGCAAACUUGUAUUUAUAUAACUUUUUGUACAAGUAAUGCUUGUAUGUAUUUAACUACUACUGUCUGAUGUGUUGGUUUUUUACUUUAAGAACAAAAGCCAAAUUAGCAAAGCUGUUGGAGUUGUCUGUCCUUAUUCCGUAUUAUGAUAGCAGCACACAUCUGUUACACAAAGUACACAAGGUACCUGCCUUGGGGAAAGAGCAUGUCUUCCUCAUUUUUAAAGGUCUCCAGCUAUUAAGAUUCUGCACCCUGUCUUGGAGAUAUGUUUUAAUUCUUCAUUUGCCUUGCUUUAUUCUUUUUUGCUAAUGUCUUCCCUCUGUUGCUUUUGCAGAAGUAUAAAGCCAUCGCUGCUGGUCCAAGAAUCAUGGAUAUUAAUAAAAGUAUACUCCCUUGUUUUCUAUACAGCAAUGCUUCAAGACAUCUUAUAACUCUCCUCAGCAACUUAUGGCUUGAAGAAACACCUGUUAAUUCAGUCUUUCCUUAACAGGUUUCUGCUGCCUUCAGUAAUGGAGCUGCUAACUACCUAAUGCACCUAAAGCAUCAGGUGUAUACAUUGAAGGAAUCCUAAUAAUGGUCAGAAUUACAAGGAAAAAGAAGAAAAAAGUUAAUAAAGCAAAAACAUUUUUUCUUAACAAAGACAAAAUUGAGUUGUGAAAACUAAGCUGGUUCUUACUCUUGCCCUUUUCAAACAAACAAUAUAUCUCUUCUAAAACGGAAAAAUGAUUUUGCUCUGAUUUACUGACAGUUUCCCUUUUAUGAUGUUCCUGCAUAUAUUUUUUUAGAUACAUAAACUGCAGGUAAAUAACACUUCAGACAUAACAUUAACUCAAACAGACAACCAAAUCGAAGACCAGACAUAAGGCUUUCAAGCAACAGUACUGAAGGCAAUGGGAAUUCAUCAUUCAUUUUGAGUAAAUAAGUAUAGAAGCUGGCAUUGAUGUAAAAUGAACAGCAGGCUGGCUUAGGUUCCCAAGAGAAUGAUUAUUCUCUUUUAUGCAUAUGGCUUUAGUUACUAGUCAAGUCAAAAAGCCUUCAAAACCUUCAAAGCAAGCUCCCAGUUUUGUUCUCCCCACUAAUUUUCUUCACAAAAGAAAAACAGUUCUGGAAAAAACAGAAAAAUGGAGUGCUGAAAGAUUCCUGACAGAAGACCUGCUCCUGGCCCCUGUUAUGUGGCAAGGCAAGGAUAACUAAACUACUCCAGGCAUCUGCAUCUGCAUGCCUGGACUUAAAACAGUAGAAGCCAUGGGCAGAGGUUUCCAAAGUAACCUUUAGCUGGAAAUUUUCUUCCUGCUAUCUGGCUGCAGUCAUAUGGACUGCAGUUGAAGUUUUUUAAGUUACUCUUCUUCCUCCAAACUACCUUAUCAAAUACAAGGCUAAUGAUCACCUUGCUAUCUGUUUAGUGCUCAAACACCAAUUCAUUAAUAAAUUAGGUUAUUCUAUAUCAGCAUAAGCUGACACCUCUAUUUGUAGAAGGUGAACCAAAAGCUUACUCUUUUCCAGAUUUUCGAGAUUGUAAAAAACCGAAAGUUUUUAAUGGCAACUUUCAGCAAGUCAGUGAUCAUUUCAGCUAGCUUUUGAGUGAAUUAUCUUCAUUCAUUCAGUCACCUAGUUUUUAACAAAUGCUUUCAAACUGUUUCGAAUGUCAUAUUUUCUCACGGAAUACCAUUGUCUACAGUUGAGAAGCUCCAAACUGCUAAUGCUAACUAUGGCUCUGCAUAUUAGCUGCAGACCGCAUUUUGGGAAUCAUCAAUUUAACCAUUCCCUUCAUCCUCUUUUUUAAAGGUAUAUAUAUUUAUCAAUAGGGUUAUAUAUUAACUGUCCACUUUGGUGAAAACUAAACCUAAGAACCUGUCAAAUACUUUGCACAAAAUUGAGGGGGAAGGGAAAAUUAGGCCUCCCUUCUCUACUGAUCUCAUACAUUUCUCACAUCAAAAGCAUAUUGGUUAAUCACUUUCACCUAUAUUGCUUUUCAUUGUCUCCACCCAACAUCUCCCCUCCAGGCAAUCAAAAUCAAAUCUAAACUCUGGUCAUAUACAUAGUAAUUUUAAUAAAUUUUUAUGUAAAGUUUUCACUAAGGCAUUCCAAUAAUAUGCAACUCAACAUGGUAUUUAUCCAGAUUUAUAAGCAGUAAAGCCACAUAUCAACACCUCCUCUUUUGAUUGAAAUACUUACUUCUAUUCUCACCUGCUUAUAAUACUUGUUCCCAUUCUCAACUUCACAUGUAAAGACAUGAACACAACAAUACAUUUUGUUCUCCACCUGUCCCUUUGAGAAGCAAAUACAGUGCUCAAUCUUGUCUUUCCUUCAGUGAUCACUGAUGAAGACUGAGACUGAAAAGUCCUUGAAAUCACAGACUACAGUCCCUCUUUUUUGCCAGAAUGGUUACAUAACCUGGAACAGCCUUUACUCAGACAUCCAAUAGACUUUGGGGUGAUUGAAGCAGCAAGGCUGAAAGUAUACAAGUGCCUUCACUUUAGAGAAAUGUCAUGGCAGGGUCUAUCUGGAAGAGUUUUUUCCAAUAAAAACGCACUGACAAAACAGACUGCAAAGUAUCUCAUAAAAUGUAUUUAAAACAGAAUCAUCAGCAGUGGUUCCUCACUGAUCUGAGUUUGUACGCUAGUUUCUGCUCAUAUAGAGGAGGCUUUACAUGGGGAGACAAGGUUAUGGCAGCAAAAAAAAUUGCUUCUGAACAAUUAAAAAACAACUGGGGAAAAAAAAGACAUGAAACAAUCAAUCUUGGAAGUACUAUUGCUAUAGAUGCUGAUGGCAAAGCAUAUACCCUGUCAAUGACAUGGAAAGUAGCUGACAGUAUAAAGUAAUAAGUAGAAGUGUGAAAGUUGAAGUAUUUGCAGCAAAUAUGACCAGUUAUAACCCCAGUCAGGUGUGAUUCAUUCUCAUGAGAAUCUUGCCAGUGCUUUUUUGUUUUGUUUGUAGUGCAGGAAGUCCACUGAAGAUGCUUUGCCCUUCUUGCAUACCAGCUUUACACUGGUGUCUGCCUUUGGCACUGUGACCGGUGAGUUCUCAUGUUUGGAGACCUGCACACACUUCCAGCACACAGAAACAGGAUUGCAUGGGAAUGCCUUCAGUGCCCCUCUCUGAGUCCAUACAGAGACACUUACACUAGCUUGAGAAAGGGAUGGGGUUUUUGAAACUCUGAUAACUUGGGGGUUUAAGCCAAAACAAUGAGCAAAGGGUCCAUUGCUUGAUUGUGUUGCACUUCUCUAUCCUUCCUGCUAACACACAGCUAAAGUCUUGGGGGAGUGGAAAAAAGCGAAAAUCAAGAAUGUUGUCUAAACCUUUAAGCCCUUUGCAGAGAAAAGUUUUAUAUUUGCAUAGAUACACAGAAAAGAAUGCCAUUGUACAUGGCUGAAAGGGGAAGGGACACCAGAGAGUUGCCCUCUGGUUACAUAUAAGUACUCUUUAUUUAAGCAGUGCAGGAUGUGAACAAUUCCAUAGUAAGCAUAUAGUUACCCACACAGGCUUAGGAUGACGUGGACAUGGGAAACCACUCACUACUGCUACUGUCUUUAAUACUAUAAAGUAGUCUGCUGCUUCAAGAUCUUGCAUAGUUUGUAUACAAACUCCCUAGGUCAGUGGGAAAGCAGAAAAUAACAAGAGCCAGAAGGAUCACACCAGACAGGCCGCGAACAGCUUACCCUCCAAGUGAGGAGGCAGAAUGGAUUCUUUUCUCUUAAGGAAGUUGAGCUGAAGAGUUUUUGGCCUAUAGGGGAACUUCCCUCCAGCUUUUUCAACAUGGUGCGCUCUUUUUUUAAAGCAUAAAUUACUGGUUUAAAUAAAUAGCAAGUAAGGUUAGUGAAUGCUUGUUAAAACACUUUGCCUUCUGAAACACUGUUGGAGUCAGUUUUCAAAUAAUAGCAUACAACCUAGUGAUUUUAUUACCCAAAAAGAAAAACCUCAGUGUUAGCCCACUACAAAUCACAGAAAAUCAAAUCCAGCUGUGCAGGGAGGAUCCAACAGGCACCUUUUUUUUUUUUUUUUUUCCAGAGAGCAAAGCAGAGCAGGGACCUGCUUGCUCAGAAAGUAGUAUGCUUAAGCCUGUGUGAUGGCAUUUGGAAGUGCACAUGAGCCCUUUUAACUGAUCUGGGGGCAGUUCAUGCUGACAAGCACAGCACUAGUAAGCUGGUGGAAACAGGGAAUGUAGAGCUGAACACACCUGUCAUAGUUCAUAAUUUUAGCAAGGAAUUUUUCUUUCCUUUCCUCCUGCCGUGUGUGUGUGCUCUGUAUAUUGCCCAUUUAGUUGAACAAAGGAAUUGGCCCGAGCCCCUAAUGGUCGAGAUUUGUUUCCUUG